AUGGGGGUCAGUGGAGGGAGCGGCGGGGAGUGGAGGGAGGCUCGCGCCGCCCCGGGCGACUCCCUCGCCCCCUGCGCGCGCCGGCAGGGCCCCCUAGACCCCAGUGGGGGCGGCCUACAGCGCCCCGGGGAAACCCGCGUGCACACCCGCGGGGCAGCCACGGUUCCACGGGCUCCUCGGUGGCACACAGGUGCUACUCUUGUCGCCAAGGGCAGAACAGAAGGACCUGGCGCUUCACCUUCGCGGUCCCCCGCCGCCCACACCGGGAACGGCUGCGGCCGCGGCCGCGACCCCGCCAGGCCCCCGCCCGCAGACCCCGCGGCUGCAGCCCACCCGCGCGAGGACCCCGCAGAGAGGCGACGCGCGGGCCGGGACCGGGGCUCGAACUCGGGGCUGCCGUCCGCCCGCCGGGCCGGGGCGCUCUUCCCGGUCCGCGGCCGCCCAGGCUCCGCCCUCGGUGGGCGGGGCCUCCUCGAGGGGCGGGGCCUCCUUCCCGCGCAGGGAUCGCCGGGCGCCGGGGCCCAGCGAGGUGCACGCGCGCCCCCACGCACUCACACGCACAUGUCGCCCGGGCACGCCGGCUGCACGCGCAGCCGCACACGCGUACGCACACACCGUCCCGGGCCGCGCUGGAUGCACACGCGCAGCGCUGGGCCCGGCCGGGGCCUAAGCCCGGGAGAGAGGCGCGCGGGCCCCGGGCGCCCCCCUCAGCGCGGGGCCUCCAGGCCUCGGUUCCUGCCCAGCCCGUCCUCUGCCCCCGCGGGCCCCCAGGUUCAGCAACCCUGGACCCUGACGCGGCAGGGGGGAUCCAAGGCUCAGACGGAUGAGAACUCAGCCUCUCCCACCAGCAAUGCGUCAUCUCACAGUAAUAUCUGGGAUUCCAUCGAUGUGCCCGGUCACGUGCCAGCACUGCCGAGCCACGUGCAGACAGGUUUGCUGCGGCCGGGAACGCUCGGGCUCCCAGCAAACCCCAGCAGCUCCACCCUCAAAACAUCUCCGGAAUCUGACCUGUUCCUGCUACCUCCACUGCUGCCGCCGGGCUCUGCUUCUCUGCCUGGAGCACUACAAAAAGCCCCCAAGCUGGUGGCUCUGCCCUUGCUGCCUGCCUGCCACCCGCCACCCACCCUCCACUCCAUCCUCACCCCAGCACCUAGUCAGACAGUGACCCCCAAGAGACUUCGGCCCCCAGGCGGGAAGCACUCGGUUCCUGGCUCAGAGGUGGGCCAGCAGCUCGCCCCUGCCCAUCCCACCCCGAGAUGUUACUGGACACGUGUGUCUGUCCCCGACGCCCCCUGUGCCCGUGCCUGGCCCCCACGGUGGGAGCUGUCGCUGGACGGCACUGCCAGGGCCUCAGGGAGCCAGCCAGCCCCAGAGCCCACCCCCGGCAGGUGGGGGCCCACGCGGGAGCUGAAGCUCCAGGACCCCCGGCAGGGUCCUUCAUCCCGUCGGGCUGCACUUCCAGAACACAGAUGUCCGGAUGCAAUUAUUAAGAAUUUCAGGACGCCCCCAAAGCCGAAGCCGAACCGUCUCCGCGCAAACACCACGGCCGCGCGGCCGCCCGCGCCCUCCCUCCUCUGGCGCACGCUUUGCCCUUUCGCUGCGGGAACACCUGCCGGCCCCGACGGCACCCUACACACCUGUGUGGGCUCCGGCGGUUACCCGGGGGUCCUGGCGGGGGCGGGGAGAGAGACUGGGGCGCCGCCCAUCGAGCGCCAGCCCGGGGUCUCCGUCUCCUCGGGAGCCUCGGGGCCGCUGGGCUUGUGGGGCCUGUGCGCAGGGCCGGCUCCUCCUUCCUGGCCUCCGGGGCCCGGGCAGGGCGACACCCACCUCCCCGUCCCUGGAGGGGGCGGCCUGGGGCGCACCCCCAGGGCCUGCGGCCGUGACCUCCCCAAAGCCGGUGCCGCCUGUCGCGGGACCGAGGGCUGGGGAACCUCCUCCUCCUUGUCUGGCCCUGAGCUGCCCGGGGGGGGGGUCCCCCAUGUGCCAGAUGAGGAAGCGGGGACCACCCAGGCACGGUGGGAGCUCGGGAGGCCGCCAGGGCAGGACCCCUCCCCGACCACCGACAGCGGCGGGGAGGGUCGGGAGAGACCCCCUGCAAGAAGCUGCAGGGCUCAACACAGGAGGUACCUGCCCGUGUCCCGAGGGUCCCAAGGGCUGAGGGAGCCCGUGUCCCUCUUCCUGAGGCCCCUGGCUCCUGAUGGCAGGAGGCGGACAUGCCAGCGCCCCAGCCUUUCCCGCUGGUGCCCAGAGCCGGCCCCUCCGCCGCCCUGGUUCUUGGCAGCUGCCACCAAUGGUCGCUCAAUCCAUUCAUCGGCCAUCCCUGCAGGCCAGUGUGUGGGGCAACCUGGGGACACGGCAGCGAACCGUGCAGCUACCCCACUGGAGCUCGAGCGUCUGAGUGUCCGCAGCAGCCCCGGGCAGCUGGGGUGGGCUGCCUGCAGGACAAAGUCCAGUGUCCUGCCCAUGGCAUUCGGGCUCUUCUGA